AUGGCGGGGGGCUCCCGGGGCUCGCGCGCCGGCGGGAAGCGCGGCGGCGCCGCGGCGUCCGCGUCGUCCUCGGCGGCGGCGUCCGCGUGCGUCUACUACGCCACCACGGCGCUGCUCGUCGCGCUCUGCGUCGCGGGGGCCUACUUCCUCACUUCCACCUCCAGCGCGGCGUCGGCGGCGGCCGCGGACGGGGACGCGGCGGGGGGCACGGUCACCGCGUACCGGCACACGACGCGGUCGUCGUUCGCGUACGAGGUGACGAGGGAGAGGGCCGCGCUGGCGCCGCCGCGCCGGGCGGGGAAGGCUGGCGGUGAGAGCGCCCGCUCCGACGAGGACCUCGCCGAGGUGGAGUCCCAGCCGGAGAGCACCGUCGCGGCGGCGGCCGUGCUGGACGACCCGCACGCCAAGCCGGACGAGGAGCGUGGCUCCGACGAGGCGGGCAUGGAGGAGGAGCACAGGAUCUCAGGGGCGGCCAUGGAGGAUGUGAAGAGCGAGGACGGUGACAACGUGGCGGCCGCCGGCGAUGCGGGUGCGGAGGACGCGGCGAAGGAGCAAGAGGCAGUGCUGGAGGAGAACCGCGACCCGCAGCUGGAGAUGCCGCACGAGCAGGCUCGGGCCGCUGCCGUCGAGGAGAAGAACCUGGACGGCGGCAUCGAGGAGGAGAGCAACGCGGGGCAGAGGCAGCGAGAGGAGGAGCAGAGCGCGCUCGACGAGCAGGCCGCCGGCGGAGGCCUGCGCCGGGAGGUGCAGGAGGAGCCCCAGAUCGACGGCGACGAACGAGCGGACCCGCAGCCGGGGGAGGAGAGCGAGCAGCGUCAGCCGGAGGAGGAGCGCAGCAAUGAGCAGCCACAGAACGAAGAACAGCCACAGAAUGGGGAAGGCGGCGACGGCGACAAGCAGGCGGUGUCCGAGCACAGGGAGGACACGGACGGCAACACCAGCCAGGACGGCCGCAGCGUGGAAGACUCGCUCGUCGGCGAGGCCCGCACCGAGGAGCACAAGGCGUGGGCGACGCAGGCCGACCAGUCCCACCGGGAGAAAGACCGCCGCGACGAGAACGCCGGCAGCGGCGACGGCGACGGCAGCGGAGCGGACAGCGCCGGCGGCGAGGAGCACGAGUGGCGGGUGUGCAACGUGAAGGCCGGCGCGGACUACAUCCCCUGCCUGGACAACGAGAAGGCCGUCAAGAAGCUGCGGCCGGAGAACUUCCGGCGGUACGAGCACCGGGAGCGGCACUGCCCCGACGAGGGCCCGACGUGCCUCGUCCCGCUCCCCAGCGGCUACCGCCGCCCCAUCGAGUGGCCCAAGAGCCGAGACAGGAUUUGGUACAGCAACGUGCCGCACACGAAGCUGGUGGAGGUGAAGGGCCACCAGAACUGGGUGAAGGUGAGCGGGCAGCACUUGACCUUCCCCGGCGGCGGCACGCAGUUCAUCCAUGGCGCCCUACACUACAUCGACUUCCUUCAGCAGUCUGUCCGCGGCAUCGCGUGGGGGAAGCACACGCGGGUGGUGCUCGAUGUCGGCUGCGGCGUGGCCAGCUUCGGCGGCUACCUGUUCGACCGCGACGUGGCGACCGUGUCGUUCGCGCCCAAGGACGAGCACGAGGCGCAGGUGCAGAUGGCGCUCGAGCGCGGGAUCCCGGCCAUCUCCGCCGUCAUGGGCUCCAAGCGCCUGCCAUUCCCCAGCAAGGCCUUCGACCUCGUCCACUGCGCGAGGUGCCGCGUGCCCUGGCACGCCGACGGUGGCGCCCUCCUCCUCGAGCUGAACCGCGUCCUGCGCCCCGGCGGCUUCUUCGUCUGGUCGGCGACGCCGGUGUACCAGAAGCUGCCGGAGGACGUCGAGAUCUGGAAAGCAAUGACAUCUCUGACGAAAUCCAUGUGCUGGGAGCUGGCGUCGAUCAAGAAGGAUCGUCUCAACGGCGUCGGCGUCGCCUUCUACCGCAAGCCGACGUCCAACGACUGCUACGAGGCGAGGAGGCGGCAGCAGCCACCGAUGUGCAGCGACGACGACGACGCCAACGCCGCGUGGUACAUCCGCCUCAACUCGUGCAUGCACCGCGUGCUGACGGGCCCGUCGGAGCGCGGCGCGCGGUGGCCCGUGGACUGGCCGCGGCGGGUGCGGACGCCGCCGUACUGGCUCAGCGCCGCGCGGGCCGGGGUGUACGGGAAGCCGGAACCGGAGGACUUCACGGUGGACUACGACCACUGGCGGCGCGUCGUCGACCGGUCCUACCUCAACGGCCUGGGCAUCGACUGGCCCAGGGUCAGGAACGUCAUGGACAUGAGAGCCGCAUACGGAGGGUUCGCUGCCGCGCUCCGGGAGAAGAAGGUCUGGGUGAUGAACGUCGUGAACGUCGACGCGCCCGAUACGCUGCCGGUCAUCUUCGAGCGCGGGCUGUUCGGCAUCUACCAUGACUGGUGCGAGUCCUUCAGCACCUACCCGAGAACCUACGACCUCCUGCACGCCGAUCACCUCUUCUCCAAGAUCAAAGAGAGAUGCGCGGUUCUGCCGGUGGUGGUCGAAGUGGACAGGGUCAUCAGGCCUGGGGGCGGCAUCAUCGUGCGCGACGAGGCCGGCGCCGUCGGCGAGGUGGAGAAGCUCCUGAGGUCGCUUCACUGGGACGUGCGGUUGACCUUCUCCAAGAACGACGAAGGGGUGCUCUACGCUGAGAAAUCGGAUUGGCGGCCGGAGCUGAUCGAGGAGCCUGCGUAAUAGCCAGCCCCUCUUGACUGACCAUUUCAGGACGACAAGCAGUUUUCAUGUCCAGCUCAAAGAUAGAUAGGGUUCUUCCUUUCUCCUCUCUUAGUUUUGCAGAUGUUACAUACGAAUAACACACCCGUCAGCAGUGAGUACAUUGUUUUGCAGUAGCAUCGCAGUAUGUUCAUAAUCACUGAUAGAGAAUUUAAAUCAUUAUAGCAAACUGAACGCUGAUGAUAGUUACAGAUUCCUACUUGUGUAUCCUGGACGCCAAAGGUUAUAUGGAAUAUAUGCUCAGUU